CAUACAUUAGCGGCAGGGCAGGUGCAGAGGAGCAGAGAGGAGCAGCAGCGGGGAAGGCACUGGCUCACCAUGGCUCCCGCACUCACCGCACUCAAUCGCUGCUUCGUCCUGGGGAUGUGGCUGCUGGUCACUGCGGGGACAGCCUUCUCCCAGGAAGUACAGGCUGAGAAUGUCACUGUGGUGGAGGGUGGCACCGCGGAGAUCAGCUGCAAUCUGCACCAGUACGAUGGCUCCAUUGUGGUUAUCCAGAAUCCUGUUCGGCAAACUCUAUUCUUCAAUGGAACACGAGCGUUGAAGGACACACGGUUUCAGCUGGUGGAGUUCACCCAAAAAGAAGUGAAGAUUCAUCUGUCAGAUGCCAAGUUGGACGAUGAGGGUGGAUACUUCUGCCAGCUCUACACUGAGGAUACACAUCAUCAGAUCGCCACACUCACAGUGCUAGUUCCCCCAGAUAAUCCUUUAGUGGAGGUAAAAGAACAGGCUGUGGAGGGAGGAGAGAUUGAGCUCACUUGCAUCUCCCCUCGAACAAAACCGGCAGCCACACUACGCUGGUACCGAGACCGCAAGGAACUGAAAGGAUUCACCAGCAAGCAGGAGAACAUAAAGACCUUCAGCAUCACCAACAGCAUCCGCUUCAAAGUAGACCGGAAGGAUGAUCGGGAUAUAGUUACCUGCGAGGCGUCACACCCAGCUUUAAAGGGGCAGAAGAAACAGACUCAGUAUGAACUGGACGUGCAGUUUUCCCCCACGGCCAACAUUCAGCCUUCCCAAAGCCUUGUGAGAGAUGGAGACGAGCUGAACCUGAAAUGCGAGGUCACAGGGAAUCCAAGGCCGACUGAAAUUAUUUGGACACGUCUUAACGACUCAUUAUCGGAACGAGCACAAAUCCAGGGUGAUCUUCUGAGUUUCCCUUCACUCAGCCUGCAGGACAAUGGAACCUACAGCUGCCAGGUCUCUAACAAGCAUGGGCGUUCCUCUGAUCAAUAUGUACUGGUGGUGUAUGACCCUGGAGCAAUAAUUGAGGCACAGACUCAAGUUCCAUAUGCUGUGAUUGGAGGGAUCUUGGCACUUCUCGUCUUCCUUGUAAUCUGCAUCCUAAUCGUCAUGGUCUGGUGUUCUGUCCGACAGAAAGGUUCGUACCUGACACAUGAAGCAAGUGGAUUGGAUGAACACGGGGAAGCUCGAGAGGCAUUUAUAAAUGGCGGCGAGAACCACAAGAGAAAGGAGGAGUUUUUUAUUUAAAAAAAAAAGACACACAAGAAAAAAAAUGUCCCAACACAGUAUUAAUAACCUGAAUUUUUUUUUAUUUUAUCUUACCUUUGCAGGGUGGGGAUUUGGGGAGGUUACAAAAGAGGAAAGUCUAGAGAACGGUUAGAUAACAAAAGCAUAACACCUCCGAUGCCUUGGGGCUGAGUGGCGAAUGAACUUUUGCUGAAG